AUGUUGAUUAUUUCUUACCGGAAUUCGUUUUACAGACUACGAAUAAGAACGAGGUCUAGAAAUUGUACUGGACAAAAUUUGAUUGAACGUUCCUCAAUAUUAUCAGCUAAUGAUUUAGACACGCUGUGUGUUUUUGAAAGAUUGAAUCUUGAAGACUUAAAUAGAGUUGUAUGGCCAGUUUGCUGGGAGAAUGGGGGGAAUGGAAAUGGUGGGGACAGCGUUAAUGGGAAUGGUGAUGAUGCUAAAGGUCAAGCAAAUGAUGAAGAUGAACGUAAAGAGCAGGAAGAGAGAGAAAGACGAGCGCGUACGACUGCAUCUCAUCAUGGGUUUAAUAGGUCUUAUCAUAGGUAUCCAGAACGUGCUGGCUGCCGCAGGCAUAUCAGUUCUCAUGUCGUUGUAUGGAGUUGUUUGGUAAUAGUCUUCUAA